AUGGGUAGUGCUCAACGGUACCAGGCAUUGGGGGAGCAUCGCAGAGCCUCCCCAUGCCUCCCCCAUCCAUUAGACUCUGAAUACGACAUAAAGGGACUCAAACCUGACAUCCCCAUUCUGGGCCCUUUCCCAACCCGUGCUGACCUCCGGAAUAUCCUCCUCCGCGAAGCCCCAGUGCACAGCAAAAAAGUCCUAACCCUCGUCAGACUCUAUUUCGUCUACGUCCAUAUUCACUUCGCGUACCUGGAGAUCAACCUUUUGUUCGUCUUCGAUGGCGAUUCCAUCCACUACCUUGACAUGGCCGCGGAGCUCGACCAGACUGGAGAGAGCAUCUGUGGUCCCGAGUGGGUUGUCGCAAGAGACCUGACUGUCUAUGAGACUGGCCCCGACAACAUCGAGCGGUUCAAGUUCGGUUCGAAUCUUGCCGAACAACUGCAAGUUUCGUCUCGUAAUGUCACGGUGACAAACCCAAACAAGCAACGCUAUUCACCCACUCCCAGAAAGCACAUUGUCCCUGUAGGACAUUCUGGUUACCACGCUCUGACGCGGAACGACGCAGCUACAGCACAUCCCAGCAGAUUUACAGUCAACAACGGACUCGUGGCGUCUGCCCAGUGA